AUGACUACAGAAGAGUGUGUGCUUCUAAGCGAGACAGCCGAAGGACUGCAGGAUCACCUUAACGUCCUACACCGGUUCUAUUGUGGAAGGCCUCCACCGCCUCCGAAGGGUUAUACCAGAAAUAUUGCUGGAACUUCACACGGUAGCCUCACCACCUACACGUGUAGUCGCUACUAUAUUCAAGCCAAUCUGUCAGGACCAACUAUCGAGUGCCUGCUCAACAAUUCGUGGUCAAAACCCGAUUAUUCCAAUUCAUUAUGCAGAAAGCCAUCCAGCUGUGAGGAAGUGCUCCAAUGCCAGCCUGCCUACACAGACGGCGAGUACUGGCUUUAUCCACUACAUCUACAACUCGUGAAGGACACCAAGGUCAAGGUGUAUUGUCAUUCGAUGGCUUCUGGGUCACCGGAUGAGUAUAUAACAGUUGACCCUACGCAAAACUACGGCCAUAACGCCGGAAAAGAUAAUGGAGCAGAAAAAGUGACGGCAUAUUUCAACAAAAUUCGUAAUUUGCAAGUGAUAAUAACGGACAGCACAUUCGCCUCGGCAACAUAUCACUAUGCAGCAGCGGAUGAUUGCCGUUGUAACAUAGGCUGUCCACCACGGAAGGGCUACUUUAAGGUUCAUACCAUCGGAACUGGACUCAAGUUCGGUCCAUUAGCUGAGUGGUUUGCACGUGGAUGGUAUCCUCAGAUAGAGCACUGGUAUCAGAGUGAGGACAACACGACCUUCAGUGCUAACUGCGGGGGUUAUUGUGGGGGCUGCAGGCCGGUCGAUGAUACACUGCCGCUCAUACCGAAUGACCAGGAAGUUCUUCCAGAUAACAGCGCUGUGGUUCCAUCUUGUGCCUGA